CGGGCUGUUUGCCGUAAAAACAGAAAAAAUACAAUGAGGAAGUCAGUGAUGACUCAGCCGACCAGGUUGUAAAAGAGGUCCUCACGACUGAAACUCCUGGACUAUAAUUAUGUGAGCAUGAGGAGCAGACUUCCCCUAGCGUGGACGGGAGAGGACUUAAAGGGCUAGACCACCUUGAUAAUGCAAACAGCAAGGACUUUGCAGCCCUUUGAUCGUUUACAGUAAACCCCUCCCCAAGGCACAGUUAUUUCCAGGUAGGACGUUUUAAAACCACCAUUAUAUCCUCCUCUUUCACAGUUAACCAACAAACCCAGUGAACGAAGGACCGGCUCAGCCCCCCUGCUCCACUAUGGCGAGCCAGAACCCCGUCAACCCUUCACAUGCUACAUUUGACCUCUUCAUCCAAGCCCAGACUUGUAAGGAUGUGAAGCAGCACUUCGCCGAGCUCUGCAGGCAGCUAGACAUCAAUCCCAAGGAUUUCAUGACCUUCUACACCAAGUUAAAGGAAAGACUGAACUACUGGAAGGCCAAAGCUCUGUGGACAAAGCUGGACAAAAGAGCGUCUCACCCGGAUUACCAGCAAGGAAAAGCCUGCACCAAAAGCAAGUGUCUUGUGUUGGGUGCUGGGCCAUGUGGGCUGAGAACGGCCAUCGAACUGUCCCUGCUGGGGGCUCAGGUGGUGGUGUUGGAGAAGAGAGAGUCUUUCUCCAGGAACAAUGUCCUCCACCUGUGGCCCUUCACCAUUUAUGACCUGCGAGGACUCGGAGCCAAGAAGUUCUACGGCAAAUUCUGCACCGGGUCUCUGGAUCACAUCAGCAUCCGUCAGCUACAGCUGAUUCUAUUGAAAGUGUCGCUGCUCCUCGGGGUGGAGGUGCACACCGGAGUGGAGUUUCAAGGCUUGAUUGAGCCAACAGGAGAAAAUGGUUGGAUGGCCAAGCUGCAGCCUGCGUCUCAUCCCGCUGCAGCCUUCCAGUUCGAUGUCUUCAUCUCUGCUGGAGGAGGCAGGUUUGUCCCUGACGGCUUUAAGCACAAGGAGCUGAGAGGAAAGCUGGCUAUCGGCAUCACGGCCAACUUCAUCAACAGACACACGGCUGCCGAGGCCCAAGUCGCGGAGAUCAGCGGUGUGGCUCGCAUCUACAACCAGAAGUUCUUCCAAGAGCUGCUCACUGAGACGGGUAUUGAUUUGGAGAAUAUUGUCUACUACAAAGACGACACCCACUACUUUGUCAUGACUGCCAAGAAGGAGAGCUUGCUGAAGAAGGGGGUCAUUAAACAGGACUACAGUGAUGCAGAGGAGCUGCUGGCUCCUGCGAACGUGGAUCCCGAGGCUUUGCGCCUCUACGCUCAUGAUGCUGCCCACUUCUCCACAGGUGGCAAGAUGCCCGACCUCCAGUUUGCUCAGAACCAUGCGGGCCAGCCAGACGUGGCCAUGUUCGACUUCACCUGCAUGCAACGUGCUGAGAACGCCUCUCUGGUCAGGGAGAGGAGGGGCAAGAAGUUGUUGAUGGGUCUUGUUGGAGAUUGCCUGGUGGAGCCGUUCUGGCCUCUGGGUACGGGUAUCGCCCGUGGGUUCCUAGCUGCUUUCGACACGGCGUGGAUGGUGAGGAGCUGGGGCAUGGGGGUCCCACAUCUCAAGGUCCUGGCUGAGCGAGAAAGUAUCUACCAGGUCCUGUCCCAGACCACACCUGAAAACACCAGCAAGAACUACGCUGGCUACAGCAUCAACCCCAAAACACGCUACACGAGAGUCAACCUGUCCUCCAUCCAGACCAGCCAGGUGCAGCACCUCUAUGAUGUUGAUAAAUCCAAUCUGUCGAGCAAGAAACUGAAGAACCGGUUGCCGCACAUGCGUCAAGAUUCGGUCAGCGGUUUUGAAGAGUUGUUGAAAUGGUGCCAGAAACACACGGCGGCUUAUGAGAAUGUGGACGUGAAAGAUUUCACCCAGUCCUGGAGGUCCGGACUGGCUCUGUGUGCUCUGAUCCACCACUUCAAACCUCAGCUCAUUGACAUGUCCUCCCUGGAUGAGUCCAGCACUGUUCAUAACAACCAACUGGCUUUUAGCAUCUUGGAGAAGGAGCUGGGCAUCCCCCCUGUCAUGUCUGCAAGUGAUUUAGCCAUUAGCGGCCAGAUAGACAAGUUGUCCAUGGUCCUCUACCUCACCCAGAUCCAAAAGGCCUUCACCGUGCCAGCGAAAGAACCUGCAGGCUUCCUGCCAUCGUCCAAGCCUCUGACUCUCUCCCAGACACAGUCAGCUAUCUUUUUCCUGAACAAGCUGAAGCACAACUCCCUGCAAAGACGCAAGGAAAAGCUGGCGUCUGAGAAACGAGCGAGAGAGACGAGGAUGGAAGAUGAGGACAGCACGCUGGUGCCUCCCGUGUCCCCUGAGCUCAGUCCCACACCUGCACCUGCCCUGGAGCCUGAACCCGGUCCCGGUCCCGGCGUGCCGAUGACCAACAGCGAGGAGUGUUACUUCUGCGGUCAGAGGGUCUACGUGCUGGAGCGCAUCAGUGCCGAGGGCAAGUUCUUCCAUCGGAGCUGCUUCACCUGCCAUCAGUGUGGCAUCACACUCAGACUGGGAGGAUACACCUUCGACCAGAGCACAGGGAGAUUCUACUGUCAGCUGCACUCGGAGGAGCUGGAGCUGGCAAACGGGGCUGAACCGUCUUGUAAGGAUAGCGAAGGAAAUCUGAAGGGGACAAAUGAAGAGGACGGGCUCUCCAGCGACGAUUACACACCGUCUCCAUCAGACGAGGAGUACGAGCACACGCUGGACUGUGGUCCCUCGGCUCACACACAGUCACAUAAACCUGAAGGGCAGGACCACCAUUUACUUGAAUCCCAAGAGGAAUCCCAAGAGCCCCAUACAUCAAAAACUCCCACAGAUGCUCCUUUGAAAGCUGAGGUAGCAGCACCCCCUGAGGAGGAGACUGAGGAGCUUCUACCUAAAGUGCCCUUUCCGGUCCCCAAGCCCCGUCGCCCUCGGCAGAGCCCCAGCCCUCAGUCCUCUCCUCCAACAGCAAAGCCUCGCACGCUCCACAUUUUUAACCCCUCCACUCCAGAAAAACAUUCAUCUCCAGCCCCAAAAGAGAUCCCCAAGGAGGCGCCAGACUCCCGUCCGAAGCAGUCGCUCCGGAAGCUUCAGCUGACCGAUGAGGAGAAAACCCAGCUGGUGAAUCUUCAGAGCUUCAGCGUGGACUCGGACUCAGAGACCCCCGGUGGAUCCUCCUCCUGCUCCUCCUCCUCUGCAACUGCAGGAGGUCCAAGCCCUCCCAAACCAGAGGGACUGGAUGGGCAAGAGGAGGAGGGCUACUGGAGCGGGAGCACCGCCAGUCACGUCCGGGAGAAGAGGAAUCGACGCUGCUUCAGGAGGAAAGAGAUGCCAAGCGGGCAGACCAGGGUGCGGUCCAAGUUCUCCCCCUGGAACCUCUCGUCCCCGAGGAUCAGCAGGGACCCCCGGCUCAGCGUCCUCGUCAACCAUCCGGGGAUAGUGGAAACAACAUUCAGACAUGUUCACAGCGCCUCAGAAGAGGGGGUCGACGGAGACGACGACGACGAUGAUGAUGAUGACGAGAUGUUCGGACAAGACGAUAUUGAUUUAUUUGAUGAGAAAUUCCAGACUGUGCCAUCGGACCCUGUUGAGGCCGAGAAGCUGGAGCUGAUGAAGAUGAGGACGCUGGAGCGGCGUGCCAAGAUGAGCGAAUUACAGCGACUGCGCAAAGCCCAGUCCAUCCAGAGGAGACUGGAGGAGAUCGAGGUGACCUUCAAGGAGUUGGAGGAUAAGGGUGUCGUGCUGGAGCGAGUUCUGCGAGGAGAGGCUGGCAGCAGCGGCUCUCCUGACAUGAUCGAACAGUGGAUCCAGCUGGUCCACGAGAAGAACGCGCUGGUAUCUGAGGAGUCUGACCUCAUGGUGGCGUCUCGACAGCUGGAGCUGGAAGACAAGCAGAGCAUGCUGGAGAUGGAGCUCAGGAAAUACAUGGAGCUCACGGACAAGACAUCGGAGCAGCAGGCGGAGGAAGAGCGGGUCCUCCAGCAGAUGAUCGAGGUGGUGGACAUGAGGGACUCCUUGGUGGCGUUUCUGGAGGAGAAGAGGCUGAAGGAGAUGAGCGAGGAGCAAGAGGCCUUCUCCAUCCGGGAGGCGAAGCGGCACUCGAAGGCGGGAGCUCAGGUUCACUGGGCGUAAAGCUUUCUCACGCACACACACACACGCGCACACACACACACACACACACACACACACACACACUGCGUGGCAGAUGCUCACACACCUACUGUGUGUGAGACUUGCUGCUUUCAGACUUGGAACCUGAAACUGAACUUUCGAGAAGCCAAAGAUGAGACAGAAUCGUAUCGGAGGGCGACCCACCGGGAGCGGCUCCUCUUUCUCCAGCUGGGAUAAAGCGUUGCGGCUUGAGGGCCAGAGGCUGAGUGAAUAUUAGUCGCAACCCCCCCCCCCGAGAGGGAAACUUAAGCCUUGAGCUCUGAGGCGUCCAGCAGCUCUGAGGCUAGCCUGGCAUGCACAGCAACAGAUUGCACCUGAGAAAGGACCUCUAGUGUCUGCUGCACUGUUUACCGAUCAUCACCCAGCCGGGGGCUUGGCCUGGUUUGGUGUCAGAAGCAUGCCACUUCGUGGUGGGGAGGCUGCAGCAGCUGGCGUUGGAGCCUUAGAGACAGAUGUGGGUUGAGAACACGGGAUCGAUGCCGUUUUUGGAAAUCCUUUGACGCUCAUGUUGAUUUUACUUGUGCUACUGUACACAUGAUACACAUAUUAUAAUUCUAUGUUUUGGUAUUUGUACACUGAAUAAAUUCUAGAAAUAUGACAGUGGAGAAGAAGCAAAGAGGGAGGUCAAUAUUAGAAUUAUUAAAUUCCGUUAUCCAUGAUUUCACUUUACUAUCCAGCUUACUUUCAUUAAUGAAUUCUAUGGAUUUUGUAGCACUUCCUGCUGUUCACCUUCCCUGAUAGCACGUGGGGCAGUUAAUCUCAGGGGUCGAUGGUUCAGUCCUCUAGGAUCAGAGUUGUGGUUUUCACUGAUGGCCUUCAACUGUCGGCUGCUCUUUAAGUUGGGAUGUAUUAUAUGAACACAAGGGAUUUGGGUGCGAAUGAGAAACAGACUUAACGGUCCGGUUCAUCUAUUUAUAAACGCCGUCAUUUAUCAUUUGCAGGUGUUGCUAUUCAUGUGCUGGCAGAAUAGCCAAAAUCAAGACAAAGAGCAGUUUGUUGUUAGUGAAAAGGAGCCUUAUAUAUUCAUUGUUCCGCUGCCAUUUUGUGCCGCCUGGACGGCACUUCACAGUAUAUCAAAUAAAGAUCAUGCACUUUGA